AUGUCGACGGUGAAGAAGAUGGCGGUUGCUCUGUUGGUUCUGUGUGCGGUGUUUUCUUGUAUGGAGAAGGUGGUAGAUUCUGCUGGAGUUGACUGCUAUGAUGCUUGCAACACUGGCUGUGUUCAAAGCAACACGAGACUUUAUCAACGCUGUGAUCGCAAGUGCCGGAUUAAGUGCGGUCCAGGUAAAAUCCCAAGUCUUCCGUCGACCUUAUCACCUUGGAACUUUAAGGCUUCUUUUGCCCAAGUGCCAGAUUGA